AUGAUUAUUCACGGUGUUCGCUUCCUACCUCGGUCCAGGCCGCAGGAAACCUACCAGAUAGAUGAGGAUUCGAUCAGUCUAACCGAUGGAAACAACGACAAUGGUCAGCAAACUAUCCCAACUACAGAACCAAUAGCAGCCAUCGGCAGGCUCAGCUCUCUACGCUAUGAACCACGAUCAUCACUUCAACAGAGGAACCGACGACCUGAUAUAAAUCGAAUUUGGAACUACAGCAUUUCCAAUUCUUACCUUCUGGCUAUUACAAUAGUGGGAACCAUCACCCUGGCCGCAGCCUCAAUUGCUUGGAGCAGGGGUGAUAUCUAUCGUCCUUUCUAUUUCCCGCUUCGCCAUAUCGCUCACGCCUCGUCAAAGACAAACUUUAUUCCGAUUUCCAUCCGUGGUCUUGUUUUCUCAUUGUUGCCAGCCAUGCUCUUUGGUAUCUUUAACAGCAGCAUCAUACAUGCCGAUAUCUAUCACCGCUCCAUGGCGCCUGUCCGGAACAUGAUCAAACACCUGCCUGACAAUGACCGAAGGCGCCUGUGCCCAAAGGAGGCAGAAGUCAUAGGCGCAACGGCACACAGCAGCAUGUUACUUGACUACGUAUCUCUUAACGUUGUAAGCUGCAUCGCCACAGCCACGAGAGCGGGCCACUAUCAAGUCGUUCUUGGUACUAUUCUUGCGACGCUUUGUAACUCUGUCUUCAUCAUCGUUGGACGUCUAUUUGUCUUUGGCGACAAGGCCGACAGUGGCUAUACCGUCACAGUCCAAUUGCGCAAUUUCUAUGCAGCAUUCUCUAUUAUGAUUCUGUAUUGCAUUAGCAUCUGGAUCUUGAGGCCCCGAGGAGCGGUUCGGACUUGCAGACGCAUGUUUACCCUAAUGGACUUCGGAAUGCUCAUCCAUCAGAGCCAUAUCCUGAAGUGUCCCGAAUUGUGGCUCCAGAACAUCUCGGACACGGAAGACCACCUGAAGUCCCAGGCUCUGCUGGCCAAUAGAAUCUACCGUUUCGGUGUGUACACUGGAAUGGACAAGCACGACUAUGUCGGUAUCUCCAUCUGCGACGUGCCAGCGGCUUGGAUGCAUGAUUCAGACGACAUCACAAGUCUCGAAUACUCUACGCAGUUAGCUAAGGAUGCCCUGACGUUUGGGAUUUAUGAUUGCUCAUCAUUGCUGUUUACAGAAGAAUUUUUGAUAGGUGGCCCCCGGACUUGGUCAAAACACAAGAGAGUUUACUCAAAUGACUACCGCAGUUGGUCGAGGAGGGCUCGAAGGCUGGUAAGAGGAAAGAGUAAGGUUGAUUCAGAACCCGAGUCGGGUUAUCUUGCCGGAAAUGAACAUGGUUAUGAUCUUUCUGAAUGGCAGUCUUCCUCAUAUCACCGACCUAGCUUACACAAUUGA